AUGGAGGCAAAAGCUGCAGAACUUUUGGCAGCCUUCAAAAACCCGAACGUGUCUAUCGAUGCCAAGGUUGCCCAUUUGACGGCCAUCAAAUCGGACAUUAAGCAAAAGAAUGUUCCAGAAGGCGCUAUUCCGAUCAUCUUCGACACCCUUCGCCUGGCGUUGACGUCUCAGCACUACUCUGUGUUAGGAGCAGGCUUUUCGACCCUCGGCCAUUUUCUCAAGCGUCUGACAAUUCAAGACCAGCAACAAUGGAUAGUGAGCCAGGCGCGCAACUUCUAUCAUGUCCUUUUGGAACGACUGGGAGAUCACAAAGAGCGGAUUCGAUCGCAAGCAGCAUCUAUUUUCACGGAGCUAUGGUCUGUGGCGCCUAGUGACGUCGAAUACUAUGUCCUGGAGACUGCAUUGACCGGCAAAAACUCCCGGGCCAGAGAAAUGAGCAUGUUGUGGCUCUCGAACAUGACCAAACACCACGGACUGUUGUUUCGUCAGUACGUGCCUUCGUUAGUCUUAUGCCUGGAGGAUGCAGAUAGCGCCGUAAGAGAUACGGCGAGAUUAGUGGUUGUCGAACUAUUCCGGAACGCUCCCGCACGAGCCAAGUCUGACCUGCAGAAACAGCUGCUAGCUCAGGGCGUGCGGAAGUCCAUUGCGAACGCCAUCCUCUCAGGGAUCGGGUUGACCGACUCGGAGCCUCCAAGCUCGGUUCGUUCCAUGUCUCGCGCCGAAAGACCCAUCUCGGUGAUGUCGUCAAGAUCGAACGUCAGAGACUUAGUCGAAGAAGAAUCAGAGCCGACCCGGAAUCGGCCCGAGUCGUCAAGAAGCCACUAUGACCGAUCCACACCUGCCCCCACAGAAGCGCCCUCCAGGCCGAAGACUCCGGCGGCUGAGUCGCAAAGCUUGCCGCAAGCCUCAUACGAAGACGAUGGAAUUGAGCCCUUGCUAGUCUCAUCAGCCCGAGAUAUUGAUGACACCGUGCGAGACAUGCUCCCAUGGUUCGACGGUAGAGAAUCCGAGGACAAUUGGCUGAAACGGGAGAAAAAUGUCAUUCUUUUCCGCCGUCUCACUCGGGGCAAUGGGCCACAUGACUUCACUCAAAGCUACAUAAACGGAGUGAAGACUCUUCUCGACGGAAUAUUCAAGGUUGUUCAUUCCCUUAGGACAACACUUUGCACUAAUGGCUGUCUUUUGGUCCAAGACAUUGCCCGAACUUGCGGCCCAAAAAUGGACCAUAUGGUUGAGAUAACUAUGCAGAACUUGAUGAAGCUUUGUGGAUCCUUGAAGAAGAUUGCCGCUCAGAAUGGCAAUGCCACCGUGGAUGCUGUAAUCGGGAGUGUGUCUUACAACAUUCGCAUUCUGCAGCAUAUUCAAUGGGCUUCCCAGGAUAAGAAUUUGCAAUUGCGACUGUUUGCCGCGGGAUGGCUACAAACUUUGAUCAACAGACAAGCCAACCAGAAAGGUACUGUCGAGCAUGGCGGUGGCCUUGAUCUUGUUGAAAAAGCAAUCAAACGGGGUCUCGCGGAUGCAAACCCUGCUGUACGAGAAGCCGUGCGUAGUACAUUCUGGACCUUCCACAAAGUUUGGCCGGACAGAGCAAAUGCAAUCAGUUCGACCCUUGAUGCAAAGUCUCGAACUCUGCUUGAGAAAGACUCCUCGAAUCCGAAUGCUACCAAGAGCGCUUCUACGCCGACAAAAGUCUCGGCCGGCCCGGCUGCUAGUCGGUCUGCCUUGAAAGAAGCUAUCGCAGCUAGGAAGAGAGCUCUACCACCGUCGCGACCAGAAUCUGCUCAGUCCGCAUUUGUCGACUCUGAUGCUUUGUCUAGGCCAUCCGCACGUACAAUGCACACCGUUGCACCCCUCUCUUCCCUUUCAUCUGCUCCUAUGCGGCCCGCCAUGAAGCCGCGCCGGCCUGAGAUCAGUCGUCCGGCAACUGCAGAUCCCUACGCCCGCCGACCGGAUUCCAGAGCCGCUCAAAAUCCCGGGAAAACUGCUAGCUCCCCGAGGACAAUGCGGACGAAGGCCACUACGCCCUCCUCAAAACCUGCGACUGGGCCACGCCUCCGUCCCCAAGAGCUUGAACAAUCGGGGACAACCAGAGAUAGGCCUAAGAAACUCGAUCUGUCCAAAUCCAAGUCCCACGGAGAUUUGGCCGCAGCGAGUCGUUCCCAUAGCGAAUCUGGUGAAAGCGCCACACCCUACUCUUCCACGCAUGAUUCGCACGAGGUUCCAUUGAGCAGGCUCGACGACCCAGCGCCGAUAUUGCCAGAGAGCAAAUUUCUUUCCGCAUUACAUCCGGCUCUUUCUUCACAUGAGAAUCUCGCUACUCCUCAACUCCGCUCCGAGCACGCGGAAGAGCCGCUUUCCCUCCGCGUUCCUGAAACGAUCCCUCUACCAGCGUCUCCGCAUGCAGCUGAGCCGGAUCACGGGGCGCCACUGUAUCCUGCUUCUCCGAACGCUGCAGCUGAACCGCAAGUGAAGUCACAUCCGGAGCCUGUACUCAUAUAUGAGGACCCUGCUUCACCGGUUCCCGCAGAGCCAAAAACGCCUCAGUUGUCCCCAUCCCGGGACCCCAGUCCAUCAAAGCCUGCUCAUCAACUUAACGAAUAUGAACUGGGCGCCGAUCCCGUACCGGUUUCACCGGCAGCCCCGGAGACACCUCCUAAAUUUACCUUGUCAGAGCUGGCCUCGAAUCCGAUUCUGCACAACGACGGUCCCAAUGAAGCACGAUUCCCCUCCCCUCAGAAGACGCCACUUCGGGGAACUCCUUCCCCUACCAGAGGCCAUGCUCAUCCCGCCCUAUCCCCGAAUGGAAGCAAUUUGCGGACUCCGUCACCACCAAAACCGGCCGCGCCGAGUGCUUUCGCUCGGAGUCUGAACGAUGAGAACGUGUUUGGACAUUCCUCCAAGGUGGAAGAGGUCACCACUACUCCGCGUUCUGUACUGAAGCCCGCGGCGCUGGAGGAGAUGUCUCUAAAUGAGUCAACUUCACGGCUUCCGGUGGAAUUCAGAGGUCGAUCACAGGGCUCACCAGCACCCUCGGUGAUUGAAGAACCCACCUUCCGCCAUCGGCGGAAAUGGGCUGAGCGGCACCGAAGCCCGAGUCCUCGCUCCAAAGACCCCGGCAAUGCCAAAGAGAUGCUGAAUAAGGCGCUGAUUCGCAUCAAUUCGCACAACAUGGAUAUUUCUGGAUACAGAAAAUUACAGGGACUAUAUCAUUAUCACGGCGAUGCGGUCGUCUCGCGUGAAGAGGAAUACUACGCAAUGCUGGAGGCCCUACUACGUGAGCUCGAGGCAGCUCCCUUAAAUCGGAAAGACCAUGAUGUGAAGACGCAAAUACUGGCCACGAUACGUUCCAUGCUUCUUCGGACCAGUGCACUUUUCCACCGUUACGAUGUGGCCGCUAUGGCUUCCUUGAUCCGCGCACGACGCUACUACGAGUCCAACUCCCACUUUGUGACUUGUCUGGAAGAGGUGGCUGAGCAAUUGUCUCUCCUUAUUUCUCCGCAGAGAGUGAUUGAAGGCGUGCUCCAAGGCAUUGAACCGGGCGAUGCCGUGAACAAUGGGAUGGGUGAUGACACGUGGCGAUCCAUUAUCAUGGGACUGGCCACCGUCCAUCAAGCGCUCUCAAAGGGACCCGUUGAGCUCUCUGACGACAGUCUGGCUCGUAUUGGUACAGUGGUCAGCCAGCAAUUAGGCCAUGCUCGACCGGGCGUGCGAAAGCAAGCCACUGAGCUGUGUACCCUGCUCAAUAUCAAAUUCGGCCCCGAACGAGUGCAAAAGGUCACACCUCCCGCCGGCGAAGGCUCACUUAAUCUGCUUACGUACUUCAUGGCCCGUCGUGCCCAGUGA